AUGCCCAGGUUGGUACCUCAUGACCAGGUUGGUACCUCAUGCCCAGGUUGGUACCUCAGGUUGCCAGAUUGGCACCUCAUGGCCAGAUUAGCACCUCAUACCCAGGUUGGCACCUCAUGGCCAGAUUGGCACCUCAUGCCCAGAUUUUCUUUUCUUCGUGAACCCGUGAGAUUUUCUUUUCUUCGUGAACCCGUGAGAUUUUCUUUCCUCGUGACUCCAUUUUCUUUCCUCUUGAACCCGUCAGAUUUUCUCUCCUCGGGAACUUAUCUAAUUUUCUUUUCGUCUUUUCUUCGUGAACCCGUGAAAUUUUCUCUCCUCGUGACCUUAUCUAGUUUUCUUUUCCUCGUGAACCCGUCUUUAAUUUUUUUAAGUUACAUUUUCUUUUCUUUCUUUUUCCUUUGUUUCUUUUUUCUUAUUUUUUACUUUUAUUUUCUUUUUCUUAUUUGUCCUUUUAACUUUUUCAUUUUUUUUUCCCCUUUUUUUUUUCUUCUCUCCAUUGAUGGUGUUGUUCCCAUUUAUCUAUCUAUCUAUCUAUCUAAUUCUCUCUCUUUCCUAGUCUGUUCACAUAUCUAUCUAUCUAUCUAUCUAUCUAUCUAUCUAUCUAUCUAUCUAAGCCUCUUCAUAUCUAUCUAUUUUAGCCUUUUCACAUCUAUCUAUCUAUCUAUCUAUCUAUCUAUCUAUCUAAGCCUUCUGUUCGCAUCUAUCUAUCUAUCUAUCUAUCUAUCUAUCUAUCUAAGCCUAAUCCACUAUCUAUCUAUCUAUCUAUCUAUCUAUCUAUCUGUCAGUCUGGAAAUAACUCUCAAAAGAACUAUCUUCUGA